AUGACCGAUGUAUUCCAGGGCUACGAGCGCCAGUACUGCGAGAUCUCGGCCUCCCUCUCCCGGAAAUGCACCACCGCCGCCUCCCAGGAGGGAGAGAAACUGAAGCAGAAGGCCUCGGAGAUCAAAUCCGGCAUCGAUGGCGCCGAGGCACUGAUAAGGAAGAUGGAUCUUGAAGCAAGGAACCUCCAGCCGAGCGUGAGGGCCGGGCAACUGGCGAAACUGAGAGAGUACAAGUCGGAUCUUAACAAUCUGAAGGGAGCGUUGAAGAGAAUCACUGCUGGUAAUGGCCAACAAGGGGCGAGAGAGGAGUUGCUGGAGUCAGGAAUGGCAGAUACGUUGGUGGUAUCUGCUGAUCAAAGGUCAAGAUUGCUUAGGACAACGGAAAGGCAAAAUCAGUCAACUGAUAGGAUCAGAGAUAGCCAUAGAACUAUGCUGGAAACAGAAGAGCUUGGAGUCUCCAUCAUGCAUGACUUGCAUCAGCAGCGCCAGUCUCUUUUGCAUGCUAAUGAUACGGCAGUAUUUUUGCAAUCUGACCUGAUAUUUUUGUUUGAUGCUAGUCUGCUAGAUGUAGAGUUAUCCUUUGGGCAAAUCCUUUUGCAUGACGUGGAUGACAACGUUGGCAAGAGCAGAAAGAUCAUGGGGGCCAUGGUGAGAAGGAUGGAUAGGAACAAGUGGAUUAUCGGCUUGCUGAUAGCUCUUCUUGUUUUAGCGAUCCUAGUAGUCCUGUAUUUCAAGUUUGUGCACUGA